AGAAGGAAGAUCGGACUCUCGGCCUCACAACUCGUCGACGAAGCGUAGCCGCAGGAGGAACAGAAGAGGGGAGCAAGGUUGCCAAGAUGUCGAUGGACACGACGCGACCGAUGCCGUCGUACCUCGGCGAGGCCUCCUUUUCGUUUCUCUCCAGCGAGGAGAUCCUGAGCAUGUCGGUCAAGCAAGUCGUCAAUCCCGUGCUGCUCGACAACACCAACACGCCGACAAAUGGCGGUCUCUAUGACCCCGCCUUUGGCCCAAUGAGGAAGGACGACAUCUGCCAGACGUGCCACCAAAGUUCGAUGCAGUGCCCAGGUCACUUUGGCCACAUCAGCCUGCCCUCGCCCGUCUUCCACCCGCUCUUCAUGACGAACACGCAUGUACUGCUCCGGGGCAUCUGCUUGUUCUGUCACAGGUUCAAGCUGACCCUCGUCCAGCGUGCGCUGUUUCAGGCACGGCUUAGGCUGCUGGACUAUGGGCUUGUCAAGGAUAGCGAAGACAUGGCGGCGGCUCGGCCGAAGUUCCAGACACACUUCGCUGAUGGCGAAGAGGCUGACAAGAUGGAGGAGGACGACGGAGAUGGCCAGGUCGAACAGGGUGGACAGCCCGUCGAGUCGAUGGCCGACUUUGCCAAGAGAAUAGCGAACGAGACGAGGGAGCUCAUUAGAAACGCCGUAGAGAAGGACGGGGCGAGGAAGGGCAAGGACGCGUCCGAUGCAGUCUAUGCCGCGCGAAAGCGGGUCGUGGCGCAGUUCCUCGCAGCGCUUGGCAAGCCAAAGAGAUGUCCGAGCUGCAAUGCCAUUGGGCCCCGGCUGCGAAAGGAUGGCUUCAUCAAGAUCGUCGAAAAAGAGCUUAGUCAGAGAGAACAGGCCAUUCAUGAGGCCAUGGGCAUCCGAAGACCCGAUGCCGUGGCCAUUGUUGCGGGCAAAGCUUCUGCACGGGAUGAAGGGAGAGCUAAGGGCGGAGUCGACAAGGCAAAGCUGAGCGAAGCCAGGAAGCAGAGCAAGCAGUCCAGCGAGGCGACGAGAGUCAUGCCGCCGCUAGAGUGCCGAGCGAACUUGCGAUUGGCUUUCGCAAGAGAGGCCAGGCUGUGCGCUCUCAUUUUUGGGAGCGAGGACGCCAAGAACGCAACCUCGAGCAGGUCCACAAUCAUGUCGAGGGCCGACAUGUUCUUCAUGGACGUCAUCUCAGUGACGCCUACCCGCUUCAGACCAGCCAGCGUCAUGGGCGAACAGACGUUUGAGAACCCGCAAAACGAGCUUCUGACCAAGGUCAUCCGAACCAGCGCCGAGGUUAAGGUGUGCACCGACAACCUUGCGCUGGCCAGCAACAAGAAGGCUAUGGAAGAGCCCGGCGCCGAGCAAAAAUUGAUCACGUUUAUGAAUGCACUCAUGAAUGCCACGAUCCAGCUCCAAGUCGAUGUCAACUGCUUUAUCGACUCGAGCAAGAACCCGAAUCCGGUCGCCCAAGGUAUGGAGCCGCCUCCGGGUGUCAAGCAGGCUCUCGAGAAGAAGGAAGGCCUUUUCCGAAAACACAUGAUGGGCAAGCGAGUCAACUACGCCGCCAGGUCCGUCAUCUCGCCCGACGUCAACAUCGAGACAAACGAGAUUGGUGUGCCGCCCGUCUUUGCGAAAAAGCUUACCUUUGCCGAGCCAGUCACGGUGCACAACGUCAACUUCUUGCGGCGCCUCGUCAUCAACGGGCCAAGCGUCUAUCCAGGCGCUGUUGCUGUUCGAGGCGAGGACGGAUUCGAGACGCUGCUGGGAAAACUUACUCUGGAGCAGAGGACAGCGUUGGCGAAUCAGCUCCUGACACCUCAGGGCGACGUCUCCCGACAUGCCAAGGGCACCUUUGCUGGUCUGGGUGCGCCAACGAGCACACCCUCGUCGAACAAGAAAGUGCUCCGCCACCUCCUCGACGGCGACAUUCUCGUCAUGAAUCGGCAGCCGACACUCCAUAAGCCGUCAAUGAUGGCCCACAAGGCGCGUGUUCUGACGGGCGAAAAGACGAUUCGCAUGCACUACGCAAAUUGCAACUCCUACAAUGCCGACUUUGACGGCGACGAGAUGAACAUGCAUUUUCCUCAGAGUCAAGCAGCGCGAGCAGAAUGCUACAACAUUGCCAAUACCGACAACCAAUACCUUGUCCCCACGAGUGGGAAGCCCCUGCGAGGUCUAAUCCAGGACCACGUCGUGGCUGGCGUGUGGAUGGCGUGCAAGGACACGCUGUACACAAGGGAGGAGUACCAGCAGCUGCUCUAUGGCGCCCUGUGGACCGAGGACGGCUACUCGGGUGUCGAAGGACGAAUCAUGACGCUUCCGCCAGCCAUCUUUAAGCCGAAGCCGCUCUGGACUGGCAAGCAGGUCAUCUCGAUGGUCCUCCUCAACAUCAAGCCACCCAAGGCCGAGGGUCUGAACCUCGAUUCGAAGUGCAAAGUUGGAGGCGACUACUGGGGCAAGGCAAACAUGCAAGAAGAGGUCGUUGUCAUCCGCGACGGCGAGCUCCUCACUGGCGUCCUCGACAAGUCCCAGAUCGGUGCUUCGUCGUACGGUCUCGUCCAUGCCGUCUUUGAGCUGUACGGGCCAGAGGUGGCGGGCAAGUUGCUGAGCAUCCUCUCGAGGCUCUUCACAAAAUGGCUUCAGCACAAUGCCUUUACCUGCCGGAUGGACGACUUGAUGCUAAGCGGCAAGGGCAACGACUCGAGGCGGGAUAUUCUCAAGAAGGAACGCGACGUAGGCAAGGAAGCGGCUCUGGGCAAUGUCGGGCUGAAGAAGGAGGGCGAAGAAGAUGUGAAAGACGACAAGGAGGUGGAUCACAACCUUCGCAUCCGGCUUGAGGAGGUGCUCCGCGACGACAACAAGCUGGCCGCCCUCGAUGCGUCGAUGCUGGCCGCUUCGAGGGAGCUCAGAUCGUCGGUCAUCUGGGCCUGUAUCCCCGAUGGCCUCCUCAAGGUCUUUCCCGACAACAACAUGCAGAUGAUGACUGUCUCAGGAGCUAAGGGCUCUCCUGUCAAUGUCUCACAGAUCUCAUGUCUCCUCGGGCCGCAGGAACUCGAGGGCCGCCGUGUGCCAGUCAUGGUGAGCGGCAAGACCCUGCCCUCCUUCAAACCAUUCGACACUUCAAUUCGAGCGGGAGGGUUCGUGUCGGAUCGUUUCCUGACGGGCGUACGGCCGCAGGAGUACUACUUCCACUGCAUGGCGGGUCGAGAAGGUCUCAUUGACACGGCCGUCAAGACGUCAAGAUCCGGCUACCUGCAGCGCUGCCUCAUCAAGCACCUCGAAGGCAUCUCUGUCCAGUACGACAACACGGUGCGCAACUCUGAUGGCACCCUGCUCCAAUUCCACUACGGCGAAGACUCACUCGAUGUGGUCAAGAGCACCUAUCUCGACAAGUUCGACUUCACCGCGCAGAACUUCGAAAGCUUCAACAGGCGCUACAAUGCUGCCCAACUGCAGCACGUCACCGAUGAGCACACGGCGAGCGAGUACAUGCGCAAGGCGCUCAAGAAGCCACAUAAGUAUGCGCCUGUCAUUGAUGUCUACAGCCCCUCGACGCACAUCGGCUCGAUGGCGGAGAAGUUUGCGGAAAAGAUUGAGAAGUACAUCAAGGACAACCCCAAGGGCUUGUUGCAGGACAAGAAGAAGAGAAAGAAGGAGGAAAUGGAUGACGACGAGGGGGGGAACAAGGCAAAGAUCGGCAACGAAAAGGCAAAGAUUAACAAGGACCUCUUCCGGCUUAUGAACCAGGUCAUGUACCAUCGUGGCCUCGUGGACCCUGGCGAAGCCGUCGGUCUUCUUGCGGCGCAGGGUGUGGGCGAGCCGUCGACGCAGAUGACUCUCAACACGUUCCACUUUGCUGGUCACGGUGCGGCCAACGUCACGCUGGGUAUUCCGCGCUUGAGAGAAAUCGUCAUGACGGCGUCGCAAAAGAUUAAGACGCCCAUCAUGAACCUACCUGUGCUCGAGGGCGUCAACGACGAGAAGAAGGUCCUCUUCUGUAAAGAUGGCAGUCGACUCCUGCUCAGCGAGGUCGUCGAUCGGGCAACGGUCACGGAGCGCAUUGCGCCAAAGACGGCAGAGACAGGGUACAAGCGCAAGAAGACAUACACGAUUCGGCUGGAGUUCUUCCCUGCGGAGGAGUGCAGUAGGGAGUACAACAUCGACACGACAGACAUCCUCACGGGCAUCGAUGCGACGUUCGCACCAUUGCUCGAAAGGGAGGUCCUCAAGGAGCUGAGGCGCCUGGAAAAGGACAGGAUCAGCCAGAGAAAGUCAAUCGGCAAGGGUCAGCGAUUUAGCGAAGGGGGCGAGGGUGCAGACCAGGACGACGAAGACUUGGGCGGGAGCGCAGCGUCGAAGGGUCGGAGCAAGGGAAAGAUGCCCGGAAAGCAGCUUGGCAAGCCCGCUGCCCAGCAGACCGCCGCUGAUGCGGACGAUUCUGACGAGGAAGGAGGUGAAGCGGAGGACGGCGUUGAUGGCGAUGCCGACGACGCCAAACGCAAGCGAAAGUCGGGCGCCCAUGUCUCCUACGAUGACGAUGAAGAUGACGAUGACGAUGAAGAUGACGAUGACGAUGAUGCGUCGCUGCCUGCUGCCGAUACGGAGGAGAGCAUCGACGCGGCCUUUGCAUCGUCUGGUGAAAAACAACGCAAGAAGAAGGACACGCAUUUCAACGCCGACCGCGAGAUCAUCGACAAACAGGUGCGAGACCUCGACGACAAGCUCAGAGAAAUGAGCAAAUUCAUCACUUCAUUUAGGUUCGACCGCAAGAAAGCUGCAUGGGCCGAGUUCGAGCUCGAGCUCUCGACCGAGUCCGAGAAGGUUCUCCUGAUCAACGUCGUCGAGCGCGUGUGCCGCAUGUCGGUCAUUCAUGAAAUCGCCAAUGUUUCACGCAUCCUCAAUCCUCCCAAGCCCAAGCCGGGCGCCAAGCAGGAGCACGUUCUGACUGCCGAGGGCAUCAAUCUGCCGGGCAUUUGGGACUUUGGCUUUGGCAUCAUUGACAUGUCAAGGAUCACGACGAACGACAUUGGUGCGAUCCUGCACACCUAUGGCGUGGAAGCUGCGCGCGCUGCCAUCGUAGGCGAAAUGUCGGCCAUCUUUGCCACAUACGGUAUCGAUGUGUCGAUGCGACACCUCCAGCUCAUUGCCGACUAUCAGACGUCGCAGGGCGGCUUUCGACCCUUUUCGAGGGGCGGCAUCGCCGAUGCUUCAUCACCCUUGGCCAAGGCUUCGUUUGAGACGACGAUGGCUUUCCUUGGCACGGCGGCGCUGCACCACGAGCACGACGACCUCAAAGGGCCUUCAGCCAACAUUGUUGUGGGCAGACCGGUCAAGAGCGGCACCGGUGCUGCCGACCUAUUUGUUUCUCUGUGAUUGCCUCUCGCUAUUUGCUGCCGGAAAGAACCGUCUUUGUUACACAUGCAUUUUUCUCUCUUCAUCAAUGUCAAGUUCUACCACAUCGUC